AUGAAUGUUUUAGUGGCGGUGGACGACAGCGAUGAGAGCUUCGCGGCUCUCCGUUGGGUGGUUGACAAGAUCCUGAAGCGGAGGAAAGAUUCGACCGCGGUGGUCACGAUUGCACAUGUCGCGGAGGCCCUGCCCCGCUACGCCUUCCCCGGCGGCCAUGUGGUGGAAUCUGCGAGCAAAGCACAGGAGCAGAAUAGUGCGAGAAUAUUGUCACGUGCGUACGAGAUGUGCAGAGAGAGUUCGUUGAAAGCUAAAACGAUAAUUCUGGAGGGGGAUCCAAAAGAGACGAUUUGCAGGGCAGUGGAAGAGAUGAACAUACAUCUUCUUGUUGUUGGUAGCCGUGGACUAGGCCAAAUCAAGAGGGCUUUUCUGGGAAGUGUGAGCGACUACUGCGCCCAACACGCCAAAUCUCCGGUUCUCGUAGUCAAGCAACCGCACAACAAAAUCUAG